CCGAGUUGCAACUCGCUCUUUCGCGAUGACUCCGUCGGUUCCGACCGGACCCCGUGGAGUCCGACGUACCGGCCCAGCGGCUCCGCUCGAGUACGCAGCAUCCAAUGACCGGUGACUCCGGACACCGUGCAUUCCUCCGCCGCCGGCCUAAUCGAUUCCGUACUCACGUUUUACGCUCUCCUGCUUCUUGAAACCCUAGACUUGAGUCCGAAAUGAGUAGAAGGGAUUCGUCCGUGGAGACGGAAGAAGCAGACGAAACGAGCGCAAUGCAUGGAAGCAGCGGAGUCUGUAUUGGCCCACCUCAGGGAACGAGUACGGUCACCAUUCUUUCCUCCUCCUCCCCCACCACCACCUCCACCAGCGGAGCCACGAGGAGUCACUCUGUGAUGGAGUACGGGUACGAAAGCGGUGGCGGAACACGAUUUCCCCCGCCAACUAAGGUUGCCUCCACGAGGAACUUGCUUUUCGCGACUUCCUUUCCUCCCCUCGACUUUUUCGCGGCGCCUUCCACCCCGUUGUACGCCUCCUACUGCUAUUCUUUUGAUUCAGCUUCUAUGUUGCAGCCGCGGCAUCGUCUCAGAGGCAAAGGCUAAAAGGUGAGCGCCUAUCACCUUUCCCUGUUUAACAGUUUUCAAGUUUUCUUUGUUUCAAAUGAUUGUUCGUAUUAUUCUUGAUGAUCAAAGGCUUGUUAAUAAUGGUUCUAGAGUCUUCGUCCCCAUAACUCUGAGGACAAAAGUGGACUGACCCCUAGGUUUCAUUCCAAGAGAUUAAAAUGAACAUGGACAGAAGGAACAGAAAGAAGAGAGAAAAGAGAGCUAAAAAUUUAUUUCUUUACUGGUUCUUCCUCCAAAGCCCUGCAUCUGUUGUGGUCAGCUUUGAUAACAGUCUUCAUCCCUAUAAUUACGUAAAAUUUUAGUUGUCAGAUUUUUCCUUCUCGAACAACAAAGUGGAAUGCGCCUUGGUUGGACAUGCAAAUCAUUUCACCUACAUAACAAGGAGCACUAUUCAGAUGACGCUGGAAAAAGGAGCUUGAUAAUGUUUGGAGAUAGAGCAGGAAGAGUGUGGGACUGAAUUCACAUUUCCAGGCAAAAUGGAUGCCAUAAGAAGCGCUCGGAUGGCUUUCUGUGGGGGAAAUAUCUGUUCAGAUCUUGCUGGAGCCAAUUGUGGUCUUGGUGGAAUUCUCUACUCAAACACUUGUGUCAACCACUUCUUUGUCAUGUUAAUCAAUGUGCUUCUUGUCUUCUCUUUCUUCCUAAAUUUCGCUCACAAAGUUUCAUGUGGAGUUGGUACAAUGGAGAGAUCCUUUUGGAGCUUGUCCCCAGUGCGAAUUUCUUCUCUGAUCUUUAGUGGCUUAUUGGGUUUGGCCUAUAUUGGCCUUGGAUUAUGGAAGUUGGAAGAGAAAUUAAGGAAGGGUGAGGGCUUCUUCCCUUUGCAUUGGUGGCUACUGGUAUUUUCUCAGGGUUUUACCUGGGUGGCAAUGUGCUUGGCAGUGAGCAUAAGAGCCAAGCAUCUAGGAAACACCUUUGUUAGGCUGUGGUCAGGAUUAGCUAGUGCUUUUGCUGGGUUUCUUUGUAUCUCUUCUGUCUUGAGCAUCCUUGUAGAGAAUUCCACUUCGACAAGAAUUGCUCUCAAUCUUUUGUCAUUGCCAGGCACUACACUUUUGUUGUUUUGCACCUGUAACGGAUCCAAAGCUAAGGAGGACCAAGAAAGUUCCGAGGAGUCUAUUUAUGCACCACUGAAUAGCAAAUAUAGUGCAAAAUCAAGCCACCCAGUGGAAUUGAUCACUCCUUUUGCACAUGCUGGCUUCCUCAGUAGAGUGUCAUUUUGGUGGUUAAACCCUUUGAUGAAGCAGGGCUAUAAAAAGCCGCUGGAGGAGAAAGAUGUACCGCAACUAGGUGAACUAGAUUCAGCAGAAAGCCUCUGCUCUUUGUUUCUCGAGAGACUGAAUAACCAAAAACAGAAUAACCAAGCCUCCUCUUCGUCCUACUUAUGGAUAAUUGUUUCUUGCCAUAAGAAAGAAAUUUUUUCUUCUGGUUUCUUUGCGUUGCUCAAGGUUCUAACCAUGUCAGCUGGUCCAGUGCUUCUUAAUGCCUUUAUCAAAGUCUCAGCAGGUUUGGGAAAUUUUCAGUAUGAAGGUUACUUAUUGGCAUCAGGAAUGUUCAUGGUGAAAUUCUUGGAAUCUUUAUCUCAAAGGCAAUGGCAGUUCCGCACCAGAAUGUUGGGACUAAAAGUGAGAUCUCUGUUAUCAGCAGCUAUUUUCCAAAAGCAAUUGAGGCUGUCAAGCUCUGCUAAGCUGAUUCAUUCUUCUGGAGAGAUAAUGAAUUAUGUUACAGUUGAUGCCUAUAGAGUAGGGGAAUUCCCAGUCUGGUUUCAUCAAAUGUGGACGAUAGUUAUUCAACUUGGCAUUGCUUUAGUAAUUCUUUACCAUGCUGUGGGUUUUGCUAUGGUUUCUUCCAUGAUUGUGAUCAUGCUUACUGUUCUUUGUAACAUUCCAGUGUCCAAGCUACAGCACAAGUUUCAAACGAGGCUUAUGGAAGCUCAGGAUGAAAGACUGAAAUCUAUGUCAGAGGCACUGGUAAAUAUGAAAGUAUUAAAGCUUUACGCUUGGGAUACACAUUUCAAGGAGGUCAUCGAAGGGUUAAGGGCCAAAGAGUGCAAAUGGCUGUCAGCAUUUCAGCUACAGAGAGCAUACAAUACCUUCCUCUUUUGGUCAUCACCUGUAGCAGUCUCUGCUGCUACAUUCUUGGCUUGCUAUCUUUUUGAGAUACCUCUGUAUCCAAGUAAUGUCUUCACAUUUGUAGCAACAUUGCGACUCAUUCAAGAUCCAGUCAGAUCAAUUCCUGAUGUUAUAGGAGCAGUUAUUCAAGCAGAGGUUGCAUAUGGCCGCAUAGGAAAGUUUCUUGAUGCGACUGAGUUGCAGAAUGGGGAUCUCAGAAGAAAAUGCAAUGUUAAUCUCGAAAAAUCAAUAAUGAUUAAGUCUGCUAGCUUUUCUUGGGAUAGAAAUCCAUCUAAACCCACAUUGGAGAACAUCAACUUAGAGCUCAAACCUGGAGAAAAGGCAGCAAUCUGUGGUGAGGUUGGAUCUGGAAAGUCAACUCUUUUGGAAGCUAUUCUUGGAGAGAUUCCAAAUACCGAAGGGAUGAUUCAAGUCUGUGGCAAGAUUGCCUAUGUUUCUCAGAAUGCAUGGAUCCAGACGGGAAGUGUGCAAGAUAAUAUUCUCUUUGGCUCUGUGAUGGAUAGGCAACGAUACCACGAAACUAUAGAGAAAUGUUCCCUGGUCAAGGAUUUUGAGAUGCUGCCUCUUGGAGAUCUUACUGAAAUUGGAGAAAGAGGAGUAAAUCUUAGUGGUGGUCAGAAGCAGCGCAUUCAACUUGCACGUGCAUUGUAUCAGGAUGCUGAUAUAUAUCUCUUAGAUGAUCCUUUCAGUGCUGUUGAUGCCCAAACCGCUACCGAUUUAUUCAAUGAAUAUGUCAUGGGAGCUUUGUUAGCAAAGACAGUUCUACUUGUAACUCAUAAAGUGGAUUUUCUUCAAGCAUUUGAUCCUAUACUGCUGAUGUCAGAUGGAAAAAUUCUUCAUGCUGCUCCUUAUCAUGAACUAUUGGCUUCCAGCGAAGUAUUUCAGAAACUUACCAAUGCACAUAAGGGCAUUGUUAGUCCUGAAAGUCUUGAAAAGGUUGUUUCUCAGAAAGAAGCUGAAACUGUCAGAAGAGAGCUCAGUUGUAGUAUUAAACAGCAAAGCAUGGCAAAAUUGACAGGAGAAGAUCAAUUGAUUAAGAAAGAGGAAAGAGAGAAGGGUGAUACUGGUCUAAAGCCUUAUUUGCAGUACUUGAAUCAGAACAAGGGAUUCUUGUACUUCUCGCUGGCAGCUCUUUCUCAUCUGAUCUUUAUGGCUGGGCAGAUCUCUCAGAACUCAUGGAUGGCUGCCAAUGUUCAAAAUCCUCAAGUGAGCACAUUGCGAUUGAUUAUGGUUUACUUGGCAAUUGGGUGUAGCACUGCACUGUUCUUAUUAUCUAGAUCCGUGUUUAUUGUUAUCUUGGGUCUGCAGUCAUCAAAAUCCCUAUUUAUUCAACUGCUUAACUCGCUAUUGCAUGCUCCGAUGUCAUUUUUCGACUCCACUCCUCUAGGACGGAUAUUAACUAGGGUCUCUGCCGAUACGAGCAUAGUCGACAUUGAUGUUCCUUUUAGUUUAAUUUUUAGUAUCAGUGCUAGUAUCAACAUUUACUGCAACCUUGGGGUGCUGAUUGCUGUCACUUGGCAAGUGCUAUUUGUCUCUAUACCAAUGAUUUAUUUGACCAUUCGUUUGCAGGGAUACUACUUGGCAUCUGCAAAGGAGUUGAUGCGGAUCAAUGGAACCACCAAGUCUCUUGUUGCAAACCACCUAGCUGAAUCUAUAUCAGGGGCAAUAAUUAUAAGAGCUUAUGAGGAAGAAGACCGUUUCUUUACUAUGUUUUUGAAGCUUGUUGACAGAAACGCUAGCCCAUUUUUCCAUAAUUUUUCAGCUAGUGAGUGGUUGAUCCAGCGUUUGGAGACCAUGGGCGCUGUUGUUCUUUCAACUUCAGCUCUUUUAAUGGCUUUGCUUCCUGCAGGAACUUUUAGCUCAGGAUUUGUUGGCAUGGCACUAUCUUAUGGGUUUUCAUUAAAUAUGUCCCUUGUUUUUGCUAGUCAAAAUCAGUGCAUACUUGCAAAUAAUAUCGUCUCUGUAGAAAGGCUGAAUCAGUAUAUGCACAUCACCAGGGAAGCCUCUGAAAUUGUUGAAGGCAACCGGCCUCCACCAAAUUGGCCUGUUCUUGGUAGAGUUGUGCUUCAGGAUCUGAAGAUCAGGUAUCGACCAGAUACUCCCCUUAUACUUAAAGGGAUCAAUUGCACAUUUGAGGGAGGACACAAAAUUGGGAUAGUUGGCCGAACUGGAAGUGGGAAAUCAACUCUAAUAGGUGCACUAUUUCGAAUUGUUGAGCCAGCUGGAGGAAAAAUCAUUAUAGAUGACAUUGACAUUGUCACAAUUGGGCUUCAUGAUCUAAGGUCCCGAUUUGCUGUCAUACCUCAAGAUCCAACACUAUUCCAUGGCUCAGUUAGAUAUAACUUGGAUCCUUUGAGUCAAUACACUGAUCAGCAAAUAUGGGAGGUCCUUGAUAAAUGUCAGCUACGAGAAGUUGUUCAAGAGAAAGAACAUGGCCUGGAUUCACUAGUUGUUGAAGAUGGAUCUAAUUGGAGCAUGGGACAACGGCAGUUGUUUUGUUUGGGAAGAGCAUUAUUACGCAGAAGUCGUAUAUUAGUUCUUGAUGAAGCCACAGCAUCAAUUGACAAUGCCACAGAUGCGAUCCUUCAAAAGACCAUCAGAAGAGAAUUUGCAGAUUGCACUGUGAUUACUGUGGCUCAUAGAAUCCUAACCGUGGUGGAUUGCACGAUGGUGCUUGCUAUUAGUGAAGGAAAAGUUGCGGAGUAUGACUGCCCACUGAAAUUGAUGAAGACCAAAGGAUCUCUACUAGGGGAGCUUGUCAAAGAAUACUGGUCCCAUACUUCUGCUUCUAGCAUCCGAGCCACGGAUUCCUAGUGAGCUCGCGAUCCCAGUUUGUAAUGCUGAUUAUGCUUGAUAAAGACACGACGAAAAUUAAGGUGCCAUCCAACUGCCUUUUUGAUUCUAUGGAUACAGUAGACUUUUAAGAGCAUUUAAGAAGAAUAUGAUUCUUCUCAUAGUUGCUUAUGUGUAUGAGGAUUGUGCAGGUAUGUUGUAGGCUCUACUUAUAUGUUUGGUUUAGUAAGAUAUAGAUGAUA